GUAUAACAGCAGAAACAGGAAAAGGAGAGAGAUAGAGAGGGUUUGUUUUGUUCUUAUUGUGUUGUCUAAUUGAGAAUAGAGAAAGGAAUGGGUUCAGCGACAUCAAGGAUUGUGUUCCGCAUUGUGGUGGUGGCGCUUCUGCUUCUUCUUCUCUUCUACAUCGGUCGCCCUCUGUAUUGGAAAAUCUCUGCCACCGUCCACGACAUCCGCAACAACAAGCAAACUGUCAGACAAGGUCUUUCCCAAAUCGUCAUGGAGGCUCAGAAAACGGUGGGUUGGUAUCACGACGAGUCUGACUCAGGGAUUCGUGCUAAUAACAGAAAGUUGCUUCUUCAUAAACCCCUUUCCACAGUUUUUGCUUAGUUAGAUAAAUACAUGUAAGCCAGAUUUUCUUUUUUUUUUCCUUUCAUGAUUCUGUGAUUUGCUUAUCUGGUUUGUAUCUUAUACGGACAAUAAUGAGGUAGACGAAUCGAAUCUUAUUCAAUUACAUAAUGACCAUCAUAUUCUAGAUUUAGGGGUUUUCCUCUUUUGUA